AAAACUGAAGUAAAUAGUUCAGGUGGCUUGAGCUGGCAGAUGAGAGAUCGAUCAUGAUGGUUUCGCAUGGUUUAUUCUGGACACUGUGGAUGGUAGCCUGUUUUGAACAAUAUUUAGGCCAAGAUCUGCAGUUUCCUGAGCUGAAUAAUGGAGCAGUAGGAGGAAGUGUAAAGUUCACCCCUAAUAAUCCACCGUCAACAGCGAUCAACCUAUUUACCUGGCAAUUUGGAACAAUUCUUAUAAUGACUGGAAAGCCUGAUUUACCCACAGUUUCCUCAGAAUAUCAAGGCAGAGUCUUUCUGGACGAAAACACACUCGCUCUGGAGCUCUGGAAUCUGACACUCGGGGAUUCAGGAUCAUACAGGCUGUCUGCGAAUACUGUUAAUGCAGAUGAAAUUAUAGAACAAACUUCACUACAGGUGUAUGAAAUGAUAUCUGGUGUGGCACUUACUGGUCCAGAAGAAACAUUAAUUGAGGGUGAAUCAUCUGCUAACAUCACCUCUGAGGGAAGCGGCACCAUCACGUCUGUGCAGUGGAUGAAAGAUAACAGUCCUCUGUCUUCUAGCAACAGCAUCAUCUUCUCAUCUGAUAACAGAUCAGUGUCCAUCAGUCCAGUGCAGGGAUCAGACGCUGGAGAAUAUCAGUGUACAUAUAGUAACCCUGUCAGCUCUGAGACAGCAAAACUCACACUGAUCAUCAACUAUGGACCAGAUGGUGUUUCAAUUAAGGGUCCAAAUGUGGUGGAUUUAGGGGUUCAAGUGUUUUUGUCUUGCUCUGCAAAUUCCGAACCUUCUGCUUCAUUCAGCUGGACGUUUAAUGGGUCAGACACUGGUGUGACCACAGACAAAUUCACUGUUGAUAAAACGGACUUCAAUGACACUGGAGAAUACAUCUGUACAGCCUUUAAUGGAGUCACAAAUAGAAGUGAAUCCCAAACACAUUCUUUACUGGUUCAAGCUGGAGGUGGAGGACUGUCAGGAGGAGCAAUAGCUGGGAUUGUCAUUGGGGUUUUAGUUGCAGUUUCAGGCAUUUGUGGCCUGUUCGUCUAUUUAACAAAAACCAACAAAAUCCCAAAGUUAAACGUAAAGAACGAAGCACAAAGAAGUGAAGCACCAGCAAAAAGCAAAGAGAAAACUGAGUCAACCUAUGUAAACCUCACUGGUCUCCAGAUGACUGAAGGAGGUGAAACGGCUCAGAAGGGCGGUGAUACUGAAACAUAUGUGAAUAUGAAAAAAAAAAACAAAUAUUAAAGAAGAUGAGUAUGUAAAUGUAAAACAUGGAGUUCCAAGUCCAAGGUAAAAAAAAUGAAGAUACCGAAAUACCAACACAAUCUCACGGCAAUUCGUAACUUUUUGAUUUAGUGGCUAAUUUGUAUGAAUUCGUACGAUCUAAUUUGUACAAUUUAGUACGAUUUGCUCAUCCGCCAAUGACGGUUGGGUUUAGGGGUGGGGUUAGGUGCCACGCCUCCUUUUUAAAAUCGUACAAUUUUGUACGACUGAACUCGUACGAAUUCGUACGAAUUAGCCACUAAACUGACAAAACGUAAAAUACUUACGUUUUCUCGUGAGAUCAGACUGGAAAUACUACAGGAUGAACAUAGUGUGUAUGUGUUCAAGGUGGCAACCUGUGUAUAUGUCAUAUAACUGUAAUACCUUUAGAUUUGAACUUAUGUUUCACACUGGAAAAUGAGUUCAAGGUCACAAAUAUAUAUUUUUUAUAAACAAUAAAAAUUCUAAGCCAUCAGCCAUAUGCAGCCAUGCUAAGAUAUAAAAUCUCUCAUUGAUUUGAAAAACAUUACAAACUAAAUUAGAACAAGUUCUAAUACAAUAUAAUGCCGUACUUCCAGGUGAUAUACAAUAAAAUAGAAAGCACAUGACAUACUUUUUACAUAAAUUACUUGGUGUAAUUUGAUAUUGCACAUUGUUAGCUACUACUGCUUCUAUCAAACAGUUUCUUUGAUAUGAUCAGACAUAUCCUCAUCGUUCUUGCACUGGCCAAGAUAUAAAUAAUGCAAUGAGCCAAUACUUAAAUCACCUUUAGACCUGAACAAAACAAUACCUAGAGAACACUGUCAUGUUAUUUAAAAUUAUAUAUAAAAAAAACAAUUGUUAAAACGAAAAUAAAAUGUAAAAUAUCUUUGUUAUCAUUUCUGUUCUGUGUUUUGAGUAUUUAAGGUCAUACUGUUUCUUUUUUUCCAUAAUGGUGUGUUAAAUUAUAUGGAUUUAUCAGAACAUGUGUAGUGUAUUGAGGAAGAGUGGUGAUCAUGACCCUCAAAGUUUCACUUUUACCAUUUACCCUGUGUUCUGUUGAACACAAAAGAAGAUAUUCAUUUUUGAGUGAACAGUCACUUACAUUUGUGUAAAAUUUUAAGCAUUUUGAGUAUUUAAUUUAAUUCAAUAGGUCAAUUGUUACAAACCACUGAUGUUAGUCUAGGGGAUGGUGGGGUUUGUCAUUUAUAGGUAAUUAAAAUAUAUUUAUACAAACAGUGAAUAAGUGCAAAAGACAACAUAAGUGCAAAGUAAUACCAAAAAUUGUGACUUUAUUUAUAAUACGCAAAAGUGAACAAAAACAACGAAUUAAUCAAAAAUAAAGAAAAAGUAAGUAAGGCAAAAAUAUACUAUUUACAAUAUAUACAACACUGAGACAAAUACAAAGACGGGGAAAAACAGGAGAGCUGGCAGAAGGGACACGGGCGGCGUUAAAGAAAUGAAAAGAACAAAACCCAAACUAAAUCUAACUUCCCAGAAGCAUCUAACUAACUAACCAACUAACUAUGUGAAAACAAAAUAAUUAACACGCAAAGUUUUCCAAGUCCUAACUAUCUACUCUAUCUAUUUAUCCAAAAAGUACAAGGGUGACGCUCGCCCCUAACCUAAUGUAUUAUACAGAAGAGUAGUCCUAUGUGUUGCAAAAUGUAUGUCACGUGACCUUCUUACCUGUCCGCUUCAUCCAAGCCUCGUAAACAACGUUAACUGAGAAAUGGAAUGAUAUGAACAACGGACGGAUAACGUCCCAGAUAGCAUACGAAUGUGGGCCACUUUAGGCAGUUAUGCAGCACUGGUGGUAUUCCUUUGGCCCAGACAAAACGAAUGUGAGCCUGGAGUGGCCCACCUGCAAAAGAUUCAAGUUCAUAAAUGGGUCAUUUAAGGCAAAUAUUUGGCACAUAUGACAAAAUGUAAUCUGAAAGUAAACCUAAUGUGGCCCAUGUGAAAAAUGAUAAAUUUGGCCCAAAUGAUGGAGGACAAAUGUGGGCCACAGUUGGUAAAAAUGUGGCAUAGUCAUUUAAGGUUAAUCUGGGUCUAAAGUGGCUCACACGAAUAAAUGCAAAUUUUGCCCAGUUAUCUUAAGACAUAUGUGGGCCACAUUUGGCAAAUAUUCGGCACAGUUAGCUCUGGCUAAUGUGGCUGUGAGCCAGGGGCGGACUGGCCAUCUGGCAGACCGGGCAGUUUCCCGCUGGGCCAACGUACUUUUUGGGCCGGGCUGAUCAUCGUCUUAGAUCUGAUCGGCCCAUAAAAGGCUUAGCAGCCUAUCGUCUUUUUUCUGCCUUAUUAAUUGACGAUGCUGUGAUCUGUGACUCUCUGAAAGUAAGAUGCUUUUUUUUCGGACAGACACACCGGGCUGGCCCAUGUGACACUUCUAGUAUUUUGGGCUCUGUAUUUGUCAAAAUAGUCGAGACUCAGAGAGAUGGAGAAGAAACGGAAGGGAAGCGCAGAGAAAUUGCGGGAAACACAUUGGCAUUUCAUUUAGCGGUUCUGAAAAGUUCUCCGUUCAUACUAGUACACGGCUAAAAACGCAAAUCACGUGACUACACACUCUGCCAAGAGCUGCAGCCAGUAGUUCAGCGGGUGCUUUGAGCAUAAACCCCAGGUGAGAGUAUAGUGCAUGUUGGACAGUUCAUCAAAGAUCUACUGCUGGAUCUCAUCUCACUAUAGUUAAACGUGAUAUUGAAUUUUUCUUGUUGUCUUCAUCUAACGACUCUUCGGUCUUUUGAAUCACUUGUUCUCAGGUAACUCUGUUUUGGCUGAGUGCAAAGAUAAGCUAAUAUAUUAAUUUAUGUAACCACGUACACUGAUUCUGCACAUUGAUUGAUUGCUUACCUUUAUCGUAUAAAUUUAUUGUACGUUAUACUUUUAUAAUGGCCAUUAUUGAUUAAUAAAACUGAUAUUCUGCAAAAGAGACAGGGUAAAGUUCGUUCUUUUCAAUGAAAAUGAAAGGAGGCAGUUAUGUUAUAGGCGCUGUUCUGUUAUAAAUAUGCAGAGUGAAGAUGAC